GGUGCACAGACCAAGCACAGACAGUAGAUCUGCUACAUUGUACUUGGUACGAGUACGUAGAUCUACUACAUGUAUGUCACGUUUUUGCGUGAUUGGUCGAGCCACGAGUGCUGUGCCGCUAUAAUUAUGUGCAUGCAACCGGCCGUGUCCUCCUUUUCCGCAACAGCAGCUACAUGUAUCUACCUGUUUCAACGAGCACCACCGUGAAUAGAUGGUCUGACCUACCUGAGCUGAAGGCUUGAAGCUAUCUUCUGGUGGAUAACCGGACUACCUAUACUAGACCAUAAUUAUCGGAACUAAGUGUUACUUCCGACGUGAGUCAUGGUGGUCAUCACCAAAAUUGAGGUGUUUCGAGUUGACUUGCCUUUGAAAGAAGGCCGCUAUGCAUGGGCACGCGGAAAGUUUGUGGAUGUGUUCGACUGCACACUGGUCAGGAUCAGCACAGAUGUCGGCGUCCAUGGCAUAGGCGAGGUUACUCCACUCGGUCCUUUCUAUCUGCCAGCAUAUGGACCAGGUGCAAGAGAGGGGAUUCGUCACAUGGCCCCACACCUCCUGGGCAUGGACCCCACUCAGCUGGAGGUACUGAAUGCAACUAUGGACGAAGUACUGAUGGGCCACAACUACUGCAAAUCUCCCAUUGACAUGGCAUGCUGGGAUAUAUUUGGCAAACUUAGCAAGUUGCCCGUUUGCGUGUUGCUGGGUGGGAGAUUCACACAAACCAUUCCUCUCUAUCGGACUAUCUCCCAGGAAAGUCCAGAAAGUAUGGCAGAUAAAGUGGCUGGCUACAGAGAAGAGGGCUAUCGCAAGUUUCAGCUAAAAGUUGGCGGCGAUGCUACCCUGGACAAGGCGCGAAUCCAUGCGGCGGUGUCAAAGCUGGAUAUUGCUGGCGGAGACACCCUAGUUGCUGAUGCCAAUCGAGGCUGGUUGGCGGAAGAAGCAACACGUGUAGUUCGCGCUGUUCAGGAUCUGGAUAUCUAUAUUGAACAGCCAUGCAACACCUAUGAGGAAUGCCUGAAGGUUCGUCAGCGAACACGACAUCCGUUUGUGUUGGAUGAAAGUAUUGACUCGAUUGAGGCAUUCCUCAGAGCACAUGCUGAUCAGGCAAUGGAUGCGUUUAACCUGAAGAUUAGCAAGGUGGGCGGACUGACGCGUGCACGUCAAAUUAGAGAUCUCGGCGCACGACUUGGUUACGCCAUGACAAUCGAGGAUAGCUGGGGUGGCGAUGUUGUGACGGCAGCUAUUUCUCACUUAGCUGCUUCAACACCAACACGUUGUUUGUAUGCAUCAACGGAUUUCAACUCCUAUGUCACGCUGAGCACAGCUACUGGAGCUCCACAGAGACGAAACGGCACGAUGGAAGCAUCUGACCAGGCUGGGCUUGGUGUAGAGCUACGCGAGGAUGUCAUUGGACAAGCCGUUGAUGUGUACGGCAAUGCUUGAUUCUCCCUGUGAUUCAUCUAACUGCUGUCACCAUGCACGCUUACAUGCGUCAGCGGGAGAGCAGUGUUGGUUAGGUCUAAUUUCAGAAGUUUUAGGUGCUCAAUAUUUCCGUAUGAGGGCAAAAGGCCAGGUUAGGUGAACAGAAAUUUUAGGUACAGAGAAGCAGUUCCCUAUUGGAUUAUGUGUGUUAGUGGUUGUUCGGUGUAUAGAAAUUUUAGGUAUGAAACAGACGCACCGAAAGUACCGAAAAUCAAAGUACACCGAACAUUUGUGAAAUUACAGUAAUCGGGUAGGAAUUGGAGGAUGAACUGAAUGGAAGCUCUUGCUUAUAUGGCAGAGUAGCAAUUCACUUAUUGGCUGUGUAGGCUGUCCCAUGGAACAAUGCUAAUCAGCUGGACACAUUUUUACAUUUCAUUUAAUAUGGCAUUAAAAAAAUGA